AUGGCAGAUUUAGAGAGUAAAUUACUUGGAGAAAAACUGCAUAACUACUGUAGUAGCAGCGACGAAGAUGAACCAAUGUUGGAUCGAGAUCCUCCCAAACAAUCAAAAUCAGACUGGGAUGGGACAUCAUCAAAUACUGGUCCAAAAGGAGUACUGAAUGAUUGGGAACAAUAUAAACGACAACAAUCUGCACAGAAAGUACAACACGAAAAAAAUGUAAUAAAGCAGAUAAAUGACAUGGCUCUAACAUGCAAGUCUGAACUUGAUGAAUUGGAUGAUAAAUUUCUUGCUGAAUACCGUAAAAAACGUAUGAAGGAAAUGAUGGCAAAAACUGAAGAAGCUCCAGAAUUUGGUAAAGUUUAUGAUUUAUUAACUGGGGAUGAUUUUUUAAAUGCAGUUGAAAAUGAAACUCCCAAUGUAACUGUUAUUGUACACGUUUAUGAACACAAUGUGCCAACAUGCUCAAUUAUGAAUUCAUGUUUGAAAGUGCUAUGUAAUGAAUUUCAAAAAACAAAAUUUUGCAAACUAAUUGGUUCAAACGCUGGUUUGAGUUUAAAUUUCAAAAUGUGUGGUGUUCCAGCUUUACUUGCAUACAGAGCAGGACAACUUAUCGGCAAUUUUGUGCGUGUUACUGAUGAUCUAGGUGAUGAUUUUUAUGCUGGGGAUGUGGAGAACUUCUUAAUUGAACAUGGUGUUUUAUCCGAUAAAUCAUGUAUACCUUCUAUCAUAACUAAUGAUAAUGAUAAUAAUUUAUUUUAA